UUACAAUGUAUAUUUAUAUUGUUGUCAAUAAAAAUGCAAUAUAUAUAAUUUCUCUUUCUAUAGGCAGAAACCUCAAAAUGGCUAAGGUUUUCAAGAAGACCAGUGGCAAUGGACAAAUUGCUCUGUACUUGGGGAAGAGAGACUUUGUGGAUCACAUUGAUUCAGUGGAUGUUGUUGAUGGGGUUGUCAAAGUAGAUCCCUCAGCACUUAAUGGAAAAAAGGUGUUCGUGUACCUGGCGUGUGCCUUCCGAUAUGGAAGUGACGACCUGGAUGUGAUUGGGCUGUCCUUCAGGAGAGACAUUUGGAUCCAGCGUAUUCAAAUGUAUCCUCCAACAGGGGGAUCUGCUACCCAAACUCCAAUGCAAGAGUCCCUUAUGAAGAAAGUUGGAGAGCAAGGAUAUCCCUUUUCAUUUCAGAUGCCAACCAACCUUCCAUGCUCAGUUUCCUUACAGCCUGGACCAAAUGACGCUGGCAAGGCGUGUGGUGUGGAUUUUGAGGUCAAAGCAUAUGUCGCCAAUGAAGCAGACAAUGCUGAUGAAGUUAUUGAAAAGAAAGACACCUGCCGUCUGAUGAUUCGCAAAAUACAGUAUGCUCCAGCUAACAACAAAGCCGGAGCCAAGGCUGAGAUCAGCAAAGGCUUCAUGAUGUCUGACAAACCAGUCCACCUGGAAGCAUCUCUGGAAAAAGAGACCUAUUAUCAUGGUGAUCCAAUCACUGUUAAAGUGAAAAUCAAUAAUGAAUCUUCGAAAGUGGUGAAGAAAAUCAAAAUUACAGUCGAGCAGCUUACAAACGUUGUACUGUACUCAUCUGAUACUUAUAUCAAACCUGUCUGCUCGGAAGAGUUUGGGGAGACAAUAAACGCCAAUGCCACACUCGAGAAGUCCUUCCAGAUCAUGCCUCUGCUGUCCAACAACAAAGAGAAACGCGGCCUCUCAGUCGAUGGCCGUCUCAAAGAUGAGGACACCCACCUCGCCUCAACUACCUUGAGUCAAGGAGAUAAAGAGAUGCAAGGAAUCAUUGUUUCCUACAAAGUAAAAGUCAAUCUGAUGGUGGCUGGGGGUCUUCUUGGAGGCCUAACUGGAAGUGAUGUGACUGUUGAGCUUCCCCUAUGUCUGAUGUCCCCAAAGCCCGCAGCAAACUGGAUUAAAGACCAGUUUCAUAGAGGUGAGGUCACCUGGGUUGUGUUCAUAGACCCCAUCAAGGUCAAUUAA